UUGGAAAUUGCAGACAGCGUGCUCAGCUACUUAAAAUGCUCCUCGACUAUCUCUUGCUUUUAAUAAUCACCGCCCUUUUAAUAUGUGCAGUUAUAAAAAUAAAAUUGAAUAAUCGAUUUGGCCAGUACAUCAACUCGUUUCCGACAAAGACUGAGGCAAGCGCAGCAGAAAGACACCUUAUGAGAUCAAGAAAAAGGGUGCACAAUACCCCCCAGCCUAUUGGAAAUUGCAGACAGCGUGCUCAGCUACUUACAUCUGUUGACCUCUCAUAGCAAGAAUCUUAUUGGGUCUCCCCAUCUGUCCGUGACGUCACUAACCCUUGCUCUGUUUCUUUUAUUGUGUUACCUUGCCGAUCAAUAUUCUUUAAUGUACGAGCCAUUUUCAAA